ACAUAAUGCAUUUGGCAUGUAAAUUAAAGAAGUCGUUUAUUUUUGUGCGCUAUUUUUUCUGAGGAGGAAUGUGCAAGUUUCGUUCCGUUUUGAUCACCUUUUGAUGUGACACAUGAUUCGAAAAUUAUGUUUCCGUGGAAAUUAGUACUCCUACUUGCAUAUGCUGUUGGAUUUUCAGAUGCAGCGUUGAAGAUUGAACCCAUCUAUGCCACGUUCAACGUCCCAGAGUACGGCAGUGCCACCACCACGUGCACAAACCUGGAUGUGGGAGGCAGCCAGCCGGAAUGGGUGGACCCAAAUGGUCAGAUAGUGGGUCCGGUCGGUGGAGGUGGUUCUACCGACAAGCAUGUGAGUCUUCACGUAGACCCCACCACCGCGCAGAGGUUCACGCGCAUGCAUUUGAGCAACAUCUUGAAGGCCUCGGGCGGCGGUUACGUGUGCCGAGCUGACGGCGAGACGGAGAACAUCAACAUCAACGUCUACAUUCCGGUGACUUUAUUAGACGAAGAUGGUGAGAAAAGCCAGUGGAUGACGUACCACGAGUCAGGGAGCCUGAAAUGCACCAUGCACGGUGAAACCAACACCGUCGUGUCCUGGGACGGACCCAUGGGACCCAUAGCAGAUGGAGGCCGUUACCUAAUCACAGAAAUGUUUGGUCUCACCAUCGACAACGUCACUUUAGAUGACGAGGGAACAUAUAACUGCCGUGGAUCCAUUCCCAACGUUGGUGUGGCCACGGUCCUCCAAAUCGAAGCAGCUGUGUACAUGAUACCAAAGAUCAGGUACCCGCCGAUCAACAAGAACGCCACGGAAGGCACCAGCGCCUUCUUCAACUGCGAGGCCAUCGGGGAGCCCCAGCCCACCUACACCUGGUACGACGGCAGCUUGGUGCUAAACGACCCGGACAAGUACCUGAUCGAGCAGGACGGCAAGCGGCUGACCAUCCUGAACCUGGUCAAGGACGACCAGAAGCGCUACACGUGCGAGGUCAGCAACCCGGCGGGGCUGGACCGGCGGGACGGGGAGCUGACGGUGGACAUCCCGCCCACGCCGGUUCGGGCCGUCACCUACGAGAAGGACCAGGGGGAGAGCGUCAAGUUCUACUGCGACAUCCAGCGCGGGGACCGGGAGAACCUGAAGCUGCAGUUCAAGCGCUACGAGAAGUGGCUGCCCAUGGGGGUACAGGUGGACUCAAGGAUAGUGAUUCAGGAGGAGACGGGUACCGGCCCCGAUGCCGGCCAGCCAGGCAGCAUAUCUCUCACGAUCACAGACAUCCACAGGGGCGACGAAGGGGACUACACCUGCUUUGCUCGCAACAACGGCGGCUACGCCAUGUCACACAACAUUCUGCAUGUCAGAUAUGAGCCGGUGAUUAACAACGAGUACAGCACCAGGAAGGUCUUCUCCUGGGUCGGUCACCAGCUAAACCUAACCUGCCACUGGUUCGGCUACCCGGUACCCACUGUCCUCUGGUUCGUCAACAACCAGCCCCUGGUCGGCACGGUGGGCGAGGUCGCCGGCAACGCUACGAUUUACGACUUCAACAACGGCUCCAGUUCUCUCUUUAUCGACACGUCAACCAACGACUUCCUACCGUACCAGUGUGACGGAAGGAAUAAAUUUGGACGCAACAGACAUCAUAUACAGUUUGAGCGUGCAUAUCCCAUGAAGAGACCCACCAACGUUCAAGCCAUAUCGGCCUCCGCAACCACCAUCGAGGUCUCCUUCGAUAACCCGGUGGAGGUCGGUGCCGAUUACCCAGAAUACCUCAGGAUCCUGGGCUACGUGAUUGGGUACAGCGAGUACCAACAGCCGACGGAGAUGUACGAGAUUGUUCAGAACAAAUGUCUGCCCACAGAGUUCCAGUGUGGUCGACUGUGCAUCGAGAAAGAUCGUCGCUGUGACAACUUCAUGGAUUGCCUGGACAACAGCGACGAAGAAAACUGCAAUGCGGAUGAAGAUUGCACCGGAGGUUUCAAGUGUCCCGUCCGGGAUGGCAACCGGAAUCCUUGCCUGCCCAUCUCUUAUGUCUGUGAUAAGGAGCCCGACUGUGUGGAUGGUGCGGACGAGUCGGAAGAAUCCUGCACUGCCUACUUCAGACCCAUCUUUUAUGACACCAGGUUGACGGGACUAGCUCCGGAUCGCCUGUACCAGUUCCGAGUGGCUGUUAUCAAUGAGGUGGGAUGGGGCGAGUGGUCCUUCAACACCAGCGAGCGCACCCUUGGUUAUGGUCCCCCAAGCGAGCCCAUGAUAUUCAACCGUGAGCCGGACCGGGACACCAUCUAUGAGAUAGUCUGGCUGGAGCCCUACGACAGCGGCGGCUCACCGAUCAUCUCGUAUGAACUCACCUACUCGCCGGUUGAGACGGGUGACGCCACCGAGCUGGGUCGCGAUCCCGAGACAGCCUCCGCCAGUAAGGACAGCGACACGGCGCCCGUCUACCGCCACACCCUGACCAACCUGAAGCCCGGAACCUUCUACUUCCUGGAGCUGCGGGCUCAGAGUACCUGGGGGAAAAGCGAGCCGGGCACCCUCAACUUCCGCAUGCCAGGCGGAGCGCCUGUUCUGCCUCCGUCCGAAGAGCCCUUGGGUCCUGGGCUGCGCAUUGGAGAGCUGCCCAUCUCUGCCUUCAUCGGGAUCAUCGUGGGUGGGUUUCUGGUCAUCCUGAUCCUGCUGGACUGCCUGUGCUACUGCACCAACAGCUGUGGCCUGACCAUGUGCAUCUGCGUGCACCUCUGCGGCAAGCAAGCGCCCGAAGACAAGGAAGAAGCGGAAGCUGUUGAGUACAGCAUGGCGGCGUCCACUGCCGGCAACCGGAUGGCGAUGCAGCGAUUGGCCGAAUUUGAGACAGAGAGCAACGCCGUAUCUGAUGGAGCCAGCCAGUACCAGAGCCUGCACGCUAGUCGUAUGGCCGACGAUCGCUGGAAAUUGCCUACACACGCAACAUACGAAGCAGACAGAUUAUUACAGGGCCAACUCGAGCAGCACUCAGACUCUCCCUCCCAGACGCCCUCUGAGAUACGUCUACAGGAGCUUCAGAUGCGCAAGCUUGGCCACUACGAUUACGAUUACGAUCUGGACAGGAGCACGGUGUCGGGAAGCCGAUGCUGAGGGCGUUUCGCAAUUCUUACUACUGUCUGUUUUUUUUUUGGGAACGGCAAAAGACCAUUCUCCGCAUAAGAGUCGCUGUAGUUGAGAUACUUGUGAUGGAUCAGAUUCAGAAGUGUGUCGCAAGUCACUAACAAGUCAGCCAGUCCUAAGUCAACUCAGAAGCUAUUCAAAUGAACUCUGACAAAGGCAUUCCUUUGUUAUUGUUCAUCCCCUGUUACUUGUGACUGGACACUUGGGAUUUACUUGUGAGAGGACAUUUGAGUUCACUUGGAAUUUACUUGUGACUGGGCUUGAGAUCAUCAGUAGUACCUCAACUACACUGUCGUACACUCAUGGAUGCUCUCGUUAAUGGAACAUGCAUCGUGACAGCUUAUUUUUCAGAGUAACCGUCAUGAAACGGUUAUUUUGUACACUAGCUGGUGCACUGCUUUCUGCUAUGACCGGAGACCACCGUUAAGUGCACUGCGACUCUGUGUUUGAUUUGGUUUAUAGUCUUAGCGUUAUCCCUAGCAGUGCCUCCAUGGGGCUUGGACCACCUCAACUUAUUUUCAGAUUUUUUUUCCUGAAAGCAGGUUUGAUCUCCGCUAGUAAUGAAAUUACUACAGGGCACUGCUAAGGUUAACAUGGUGAAGCGUAGCAGCACUUUUAUAGGGACCUUUGUAGGAUCAACAUAAAAUGUUCAGUAGUAUAGUGGCCUGGUGGUUUUAGUCGUCAAGCAUCUAGUGGAAGGUUAAAUGUCAAUUGCAAUUUUUCGUUUGAGCAGUUUUCUUCUUCUUUUUUUUCUUAAUAAAAACACAUGCCUUCCAUUGUUAACUCGUCCCGGGCUUCCCCUAAUGUGUUUCUGAAGGGAGACCUGUUGUAUAUAUAAAAGAUCAUUCAUGGGGCCCAAUUUCGGCAUGUUCUAGGGAACUGCCAGGCAGAACUUCUGAUCAUGUAGCAACAAAUUAAGCUGUCAAGUUCAGAUAUCAGCCUCAGCGUGGUGUCUUGGCCUGAUGAACUGGGGAAUAAUUGUAAAGCGCUUUGAGAUUGUUGAUAUGAUGGAAAGUGAGCAUUACAAUUUAUAUUUUUAGUAUUCGAUUAUUGCAACUUACAAUUGAUCGAAUGUUCAAGUUUGCAAUGCACAUGAUCAAGUUAUAAAACAUGCCUUAACUAGCCACCAGUCGGGAUUUGCGUGCACUUGCGAUUUUCGAAAAGUGAUAAAGAGCUUAUUAAAACCUUAGAAAGAACAGCUAACACAAUGGCUAACAGUUGACUGAUUUUAAUGAAGACAUUUGAGGGAAGCUCGAAAUCAUGCAAAAUGCGGCAUUUCAACAAAAGUGGCAUUGGACAAAAAACAUGCAAACUCAUGAUUGAAAUAGCAUCGUGGACGAUUUUAAUCAUCACCUCGAGAUUGCACAAAGUUUUCGAAUAUAUAUUAAUCGAAACGAUGCUAUAUGGGUUUUGGGUUGAUGAUCGAAUAUUCAAAUUUUUGGUAUAUGUGGCACAGCCCUACAAAUUUCUAUGGCCCAGUACUUGUUUUGGGCCAUUCUUAUCCCAUUCGUUAGUGUAACAUCAUCUUAAUUCAACCAUUUGUGCUUCACACAGUGUAGCAAAGCGCGAAUGGAACCGGAAGCGCGAAUGAAACCAGAAGUUAAUGCCAUUCAAGUGUGUAUUCAAUGGGUGCUGGUUAUUAGUGGUGUGCUCGUGUGAAUGACGUGUUUACUAAACGAACCGGAUAUACCAUGCACUUGGAUGCAGGUACUGCUUCGAUAUUUUUUUAUAAAAUUGUUGUUUUUGUUUUUAUGGGGGGGGGGGGGGGGGGUUCUGACACUAUCAAAUGAAGCUUGAUGAAACUGCACAAUUUAGAACAAUUCAUUCCGUAUCAGUACUGUCUGCCAAGAAAACUGAAGUACUAUUUCAGAACCAAUUUGUAGGUACAACGUUUUUCAGACUAUCAAAAGUAAACAAGAAUUUGAGCCUGCUCCCACCAGAAGGUCGUGGGUUCAAACGUACUAAUUACUGCCUCCGUCAAUUUCUUUAUUCAUGCUUAUUUUGCAGUAUAUAUCUUGGCAUUUUGUAUCAAGUCUUUGCCUACUUUUUAACAAAGUUUUCUUUUGUUAGUACUCGUAUUAUCCAGUUAUGUACAUGCGUGCCAGCAAUUUUUAUGUAUAUAUUUUGAAAUGUGUUGAUUACAACAGGAAUAAUUUAAUACCUUACUAAAUUUUACGAAGUGAGUAGUUUUGUAGAAGAAAUUAUGAAGAUCAGUUUAUGAAAAGCUUUUUGGUACUUUGGACUAAAGGUAUUCACAGUGGUUUUUAGAAUUUGUAUUUUUUUUUCAGUGAUGUAUUCAGAAUUCCUUUCACAAUUAUUUAAUGAAAUGUGAGGCAUUGUUUUGGACACAAUGUUUCAUGACUAUUCAUAAGGUGAAAUUUUUACGUCGGGGUGAUGUAAAUCAAUAAUUAGGUUUUGCCCUUCACCGACGUAUAAGCCUUUUAUACACAGUGUGUUACAUCCCGAGUGAAAGUUGAAAAAAAAAUCACUCGGGUGGGAUUCGAACCCACGACCUGCUUUCUAGUGCAGACGUUUUAUACCACUCGACCACCGAGCUUGCGGGAUCGGUUUGCUGGUUCGCCAAUCUGACCUACAUGUAGCAGCGGGUGCCACAAUUUUGUUUUAUUGUUUCAUGAGUUGGGGACAGUGACUUAAACACUGAUUAAGAAGAUCUCAUUUAUUGAAGACCAAAUGUCCUGUACAAAUCAAUUUCAGUAUGUAAAUUUGAGCAAAAAAACCUUCCUGAUUUUCUUUUCUUCUAAUGAUGUAUUUGAUCCAGAUGAAAGUUCUCAUUCUCGGUCUAGAAUCAUGUCUCAGGAACCAUCGUUGAAAUUUCGUGUUAUUAAACUGUCAAUUGCCUUUUUAUCAUUUUUAAUUCAUGAACAAAGUCGGAUACUUGCUCUGUACAUAAUUGAUCUUAGAAUCCGAAUAUUUUUUAGACAUUUCAAAAUAAAUAAUUCCACUGCUUAGUGUGUUGUCAGUCGUAGACAAUGUGUACAUAAAGCUUGUAAAUAAUAACAAUUUGAUUUUAAUGGUGUUGAGGUUUGGAUAAAGGAAGCAUUUUUGAUAUUUUUAGUGGAAAUAUUAAUAUUAGCGUGAAAUGCCAAAGACAUUCAUUAAAUUCAGUGUUGGCAUUUCGUAUGAAAUGAUUUUGGCACAAAAUUUUGAACUUUUAAAUUGAAGUAGAAGUAUUUACGUUGCAGGCACUAUGUUUUCACACCACCACAGCUUUGUUCAUCUGAAGUGUUGAACAAAAACUUAAAGUGUUCAGGAACACAAUGUAUGUCAUGAACAUUAAAGUUUGAUCAUGUGAAAACAGUUGUGAUCGAUGCUUUUGGAAAGAAAUUGCGAUGUCGCCAUAAAAGAAAAUUGUCCUGUCA